GCUCUCAGCUGGUCGCUCAGGAAAACAGUCCGAGAGAAAACAGCUGAGAGGAAACACUGCCAAGAAGCUCCUCCUCCUGACGGGAAACCAUGGCAAAUAUCGCCAUACAGAGAAUCAAGAGGGAGUUUAAGGAAGUUAUAAAAAGUGACGAAGCACAAAAGUGCGCCAUCAAUGUAGAAUUAGUUGGGGAUGAUUACCGAGAACUCAAAGGCGAAAUAGCAGGGCCCCCAGACACACCUUAUGAGGGAGCAACAUUUCACCUUGAAAUCAAAGUUCCAGAAACAUAUCCUUUUAAUCCUCCAAAGGUAAAGUUUGUCACAAAAAUCUGGCAUCCCAACAUUUCCUCAGUAACAGGGGCUAUUUGUCUUGACAUCCUUAAGGACCAGUGGGCAGCAGCAAUGACCCUACGGACAGUCCUACUCUCCUUGCAAGCAUUACUAGCUGCUGCAGAGCCAGAUGAUCCUCAGGAUGCUGUUGUGGCGAGACAAUUUAAAGAGAAUCACCCACUUUUUCUUCAAACAGCUCAGUAUUGGUCACAUGUUCAUGCUGGAGCUCCCAGAGGAAACAGCGACUUCGCCAACAAGGUUCGAUGUUUGAUGGACUUGGGAGUAGGGGAGCAGCAGGCCCUUGUUGCAUUAUCAUCCUGCAACUGGGACAUGGAUCGGGCAAUCGAACAACUCUUCUCGUAGAUGCGUGUGGUUGGGAUGCAUAGGUAAAGUAAAGUAAAGUAAAGUAUUAAAAAAAAAGAAAGAAAAAAAAAAUGAAUAAAAAAGAAAUGGGGAUUUGCAC